AUGCUUAACAUUGUAAUCCUCGAGUUUCAGAAGCAACCAAAGGAUUUGAUCAAGCCAAUUCAGCAUACAAUUAAUCUUCAACCUGUUGCCAGACACCGCAUAUCAAGGAGAGAUGAGGGAGCCUUGGUGGAGCGAAAAUCGCCUGGAAGACCGCGUAUCACGUCGAAUAACAUGGAUCGGACAUCGUCCGAGUUUCAAGAGAGGAUCCCCAGAGGAGUUCUACGGACAUUCAGAUGGUCGUGA